AUGGGAGAAAACGUACUGUCCGAUGGGAAUUGCGGACUAUACGCUUUGACCAACGCAAUAAAUGAUAACAAACCCAAAAAGAUAAUAGCCCUAGCCAAUAUAUUGGACUUGCUAGGAUUAUCAGAAUUACCCAACUACUGGUGGCAUGAUGACCAACUAAGUAGCAUUGCAAAUCACUAUGGAUUUGACACUUAUAUAUAUUCAGAUAAAACUAAAAAUGGAUACGUAUAUGGAUCAGGAUUCAGACCUCCCAUAGUACUGUAUAAUCUAAAUAAUGGAACCCACUGGUGCCCCGGCACACUAAUAAAAAACAAAUCCAAAUCAAAUAAAAUCCCACAGAAAAUAAUAUAUACGGAAAACUACAUUUCCAUACAACAUAUAAAAAACAGACUGGAAUUAGAAACAAUGAUAAACAAUAAAACAAAUCAAAUCAAAGAAAUCCAAACUAUAAAUACAAUCACUACCAAUGACAGAGAAAAAGUAUAUGACAAAGAAGGAACUCAAAUCAACAUAUCCAACAACAUAACUACAGAACAACAUUAUCAAACAGUAGAAUUAUUAAAACAAUUCAUACACAUAUUUUCCACUGACACAACACACAUAAAACCAGCAAAAGUACAACCCUGUCAUAUAAAAAUCAAACCAAACGCAAAGGAGCCGAAAUUCAACCCACCACACAGAAUCUCCCCUUCCCAAAGACAAGAACUCAAAACCCAAUUAGACAAGCUAAUAACAGCAAACAUAGUCAAGCACACUAAAUCAAACUUUGCUUCACCUGCAUUCCUAGUAAGAAAAAAGGAGAAAAACAGUUACAGACUAGUCGUUUCAUACAAAGAACUCAAUAACAUAAUAGAAUCAGAUCAAUACCCAUUGCCCAGAACAAUAGACUUAUUCCGCAGUUUAGAAGGCUCAAAGUUCUUUACAACUUUGGACUUAAACAGCGGAUUUUUUCAAAUUCCGGUAAGAGAACAGGAUCAAUACAUGUUAGCUUUCACUACAGUUCACGGUUUGAUGACAUUCACCAGAUUACCACAAGGCUUCAAAAACUCAAGCGCAAUAUUUCAAAGAGAACUCAAUAAAGCAUUCUCAGACUAUCUAUACAAAUCAGUAAUUAUAUUCAUUGACGACUUAGCUACCUUCGGAGAAAACUUUGAAACAGCACUACACAACUUAAGAAAUGUAUUCGAAAUUAUAAACCAAUUCGGAUUUUCAUUAAAAACAGCCAAAUGCACUAUAUUCGCCCAGAAAAUUGAACUUUUGGGACACCAAAUUUCCAGCGAAGGCCUCAAACCCUUAGCCAGAAAUACAACAGCCAUAACAAAUUUCGAACAACCAAAAACGGCCAAACAAGUCCGCAGCUUUUUAGGAAUGUGCAGUUACUACCGAAGAUUAGUAAAAGACUUCUCACAUAUAGCCAACCCAUUAUUUCAGUUAACUAAACACGAUAACAAUAAGUACAUAACUUGGAACAACGACCACGAAGACGCUUUCAACAAAUUAAAAACCAUUUUAACAUCGGAACCUGUAAUAGCACACUUCUCUGAUGACAAAGACACUUAUCUAACAGUAGACGCCAGCAUAACCGGCCUCGGAGCUGUACUAGAACAACCAGACGAAACUAACAAAUUAAGACCCAUAGGAUAUGCAUCACGAAAAGUACUAGAUUCUGAAAAAACAUAUUCAUCCACAACUCUAGAGCUUUUAGGCUUGGUAUUCGGAAUAACAUAUUUCAGAGAAUUCUUAUGGGGACGGAAAUUCACAGUAUUCUCAGACAACAUUAGCCUACAAUACUACAAAAACUUAAAAAUACCAUCUGCCAGAAUAGCCAGGCUAACAUUAAAAAUACUAGACUUUGACUUUACAAUAAAACAUAAAGCAGGGAAAGAAAACAAAGUUGCCGACUGUCUGUCCAGAGAAAGCAUCAUGAAUAUCAUAGACGCAGUAAUAUUCGAAUUCGACUCACAACACUUCCAUCAUGAACCAAUACAUAACAUAAACAAUGACAAGCCCACAGAAAUAAACAUAAUACAAAGUCAAAAGAACGAUGAAUUUUGUAAUGAAAUAAUGAAAGCUUUAAACAACAUACCAACAUCUAACAAAUAUAAAAAACUAUCAAGACGAUACAUAAUAACAAAUCAAAUUUUAUACCUCAAAAGGCACAUGCCCAAACAAAACAUAGAGAAUGCAAUAGUAAUUCCAAAGAACUUAAUUCAAAAUGUGAUCACAGCCCAUCAUAACCCCCCUCUAGCAGGACACUUAGGGAUCACGAAAACUAUUAAAGCAAUUCAAAUAAAAUAUUCAUGGUCAUCAUUAAUAAAAGACGUAACGACAUUUAUCAAAUCAUGUCAUCAAUGCCAAAUAAAUAAAAAGUCACAAGGUAAACCAGCAGGAUGCCUACAACCAAUACCACUACCAACUUGUAAACCAUUGGACAGAAUAACCAUGGACUUCCUAGGCCCUCUACCAUCCAGCAACAACAAAAAAUACAUAUUAGUAUUCACAUGUCAAAGCUCGAAAUACGUCAUAGCAAAAGCCACUAGGCUAGCAGACGCCAACACUGUAGCAAAAUUUCUAAUACAAUACAUCACACAAUACGGCGUCCCCAGAUACCUCACCUCCGACAGAGGACUUCACUUCAGAAACAAAAUUUUAAAUGACACCUGUACAAAUUUCGGCAUAAAACAAAUAUUCUCAUCCAGCUACGCACCCCAAUCACAAGGAUUCACCGAAAGAAUCAACGGAGUAAUAUGUCAAGCAAUAAGACACUACAUAAAAGACAACAACCAAUCAAGAUGGUCAUUUUACUUGCCUUACAUAAUAUUUAGUUACAAUAACUCACCGCAAAUAUCCACAAAUUACAGUCCGUAUUAUCUAUUACACGGCUUCAAUGCAAACAUAGGUAUAGACAUACAAAUAAUCCCUGAAAACUUAUCUUACGACAUAAAAAAAUCACUCGAGGAACUAAAACAGGUCAGAGCAAGCAUACCAGAUUACAUAAAAAAAGCUCAAGAUAUACAAAAAUUAAACCAUGACAAAUCACACAAACUCACAACAUAUGAACCAAACCAAUUAGUUUUAGUCAAAUUUCCAUUCCAAGAACCAAAUAAAACAGCUAAAUUAGCACCAAAAUAUAGAGGUCCUUACAAAAUAAUUUCAAAAGUUAGCGACGUAAACUAUAUGAUAGAACUUGUAUUAAAUAAUAAAUUAACAAUAGAUGUCGUUCAUAUUAGACGAUUGAAACCAUACUUCCAGAGAGACAAUUCAGAUUCAAGCGAAGAAAAGGAACCCACAGAUAUAGGUAACUAA